GCGACUACGGGCUCACGUACAAAUAGGUACAUUCAACACCGGAUGAUCAGAUUGCGUUCCCAUUUCCUUCUUAUAGUCGAACGUCUACGACCCUCGCACUUUUACGUUUCUCACUACGUUACCUCUCGCAACAUCAAUCCACGUACUCAUCUAACCCUACUCACAUCUAAAAUAAAAACAGAGUAGCAGCAUACAUGGCAUCUCCCAAGCUAAAAACCACAAUCGCAAUCCUCGGUUGCGGAGAUGUCGGCUCCACUCUAGCCUACACCCUCAUCCUCCAACCCAUCUGCUCAGAAGUAAUCCUCGUGGAUCUCAAAGCCUCCCUGCUAGAAGCUCAAGUCCGCGACUUGAACGACGCAACCUACCGUGGCGGCAGUGGCGUGAAAGUCCGAGCAGGCACUCACAAGGACGCUGGCCAAGCUGACAUCGUCGUCAUAACCGCGGGCGCGAAACAAAAGACUGGAGAAUCACGUUUAUCACUGCUUUCCAGAAACUUACAUAUCCUGGAAAGUAUCUUUGGGGCCAUGGCUCCGAUCAGCCCGCAUACGAUUUUGCUACUGGUGGCGAAUCCAGUGGAUAUCUUGACAUAUUUUGCAAGGAGGUUGUCUGGAUUACCCGAGAACCAGGUGUUGGGGACAGGGACGAGUUUGGAUUCUGCGCGGUUGAGGGGUGUUUUGGCAGAGAAGGCGGAGGUAGCACCGAACAGCAUUGACGCGUAUGUGCUUGGGGAGCAUGGAGACAGCCAGUUUAUCGCCUGGUCAAGUGCUACAAUCGGCACAACACCGCUCGCGCUUGCUCUCCCGCCAAACACAUUGACUUCAGAAUUCAAAAGCCAAAUCUCGUCUCAUACCCGAGGAGCAGCUGGUGCCAUUAUUGCGGCCAAAGGUUGUACUGCAUAUGGCAUCGGAAACAUUGCGGCUAGUAUCUGCAAGUAUAUCCUAUUCGACUCACGCUCUGUUCGACCAUUGUCCUUCUACCAACCUGAGUUGGGCUGCUGUUUGUCGAUGCCGGCAGUGGUAGGUCGGAAGGGUAUCAUCAAGGCGAUGCCGAUUCAGCUUGAUGAGGAGGAGAGGGCGCAGUUGGACGCCUGUGCCAAGGGACUCAGGGGCGUGAUAGAGGGGGCAGAAAAGGAGUUGAGCGCUGAUCGUGAGUUGGAGAAGGCGUUAGCAAGUGACAAAGGAGCUUGAGAGACAGCUUGUUUAAAAGAGCUGCUGUAUAGUGUAUGAGAGAUAUGUAUUACUUAUAACAUAGCUACUGAUU